AUGGCGGCAAACCACCUCGAGUACGAGGAAGAAGAUGAAGACCUGUUUGGCGACACCGACCUUCUAGGCUUCAGCAGCGUCAACCCCUCAGCGCCGAUCAGCCUCGCCCCUCCAGCUGUGGCCGGCCCGAGUUCCAGUCCGCUUUCCCCCAACCGGCCAAUACGACAGCAGGAGAAACCUAGAGAGCAGCUUUACCCGCAUAUCGUUUCAGGCGCGAGGCCUACAAGAACCAAUGAAGAUGAGAGGCUGGCAGAGUUGCGGGACAGGAAGAGGGCUGGAAGGGAGCAGGCUCCGCGGAAAGGUGUCAAGAGUUUGAGAUUGAUAUCUAUGAAUGUCAUUCAACAAUAUUCAUCGGGGAUCUGGGAUAUCGGAGAUAUGGAGUACUCUGUCUUGAGACCUUUCCUUGACGAACUUGGCGCGGAGCAGCUCGCAGAGAUAGAGCGUAACUCUCCUCACAUCAAGAAAGAUACCGAUUGGCUCUGGGAGUGUCUGCUGCUCCAAGAUUAUCGUCUCUUCCAUGAGCGAUGUAGGAUCACCCGCGAGGGCGAAGUGCGGACAAGCGGAUGGAGGAAGAUGUACAAGAGAGCCAAAGAGGACGCCCUCGAGCGUCAGUCUCAAGCCGCGGACCGUGUUGCAGCCCGAUAUAAACAACUAGAACAGGAGAAAAAGUCCAAAAGCAUUGUCGUUCUGGAUAAGGUGAUGCCAGGGAAGAAGCCAACGAGAAGCAGGGGGAGAGGCGGUAGCAGCGUUGGAUCGACUUCAUCAAGACCGUCUGCUGCUGCCACUUCUAUCGCCAAAGCCCGCGCAGAAGCCCAACGAGCCCGAAUCGCCCUCACCCACGCCUCUGGACGCUACGUCCCCCCCACUCAAACCCUGACGCAAGCUCAACGGGUAUCCCAGAGCCAGCUGUUUAAGAACCCAUAUAUGUCUGGGAGACCUACGCUUGGUGGGAGCGAGAAACAGGCUCAGCCGGCGACUGUUAGGAUACCUGCGCCGAGGAGGGUUGCCAAGAGCGCUGCGGUUGCUUCUCGUCCUCGAGAUGUUAUCGCAUCUCCCCCUUCCUCCCCCAUUCCCGGCUCAUUCCCCUCGUCUCAGUAUCCCCAAGUCCGCGCCUCUCUCCCCUCCCAUCUCUCCUCCCAACCAUCUCCCGCGUCUCCCCAAAGCCCUGAACGCUUCCGCAUAGAUUCAAAAACUCUCGGCACGAAAAAGACAUUCAAAGAGAUCAAGAAACCAGAAGUACGGAGCUUCCAGCCGCCGGUGUUGGAGAAGCAGAAGCCGAAGCAAAAGACGGAUUUCUUCGGUGGUGCGGCUUCGUCGGCGGAUGGAGGUGGGAUAUUUAGAGUGAAGAAAAGAAAGCCUGGGGUCGUCGGAGGUGCUUCUGGACCACCGGCGAAAAGGCCAGCACCGGGGAAGUGA